AUGCCAACCGUAUUCCAAUCCAGAGCCGAAUUCCACCAGAGUUUGGUCAAGUACAAUCGGACUACUACUGAUGGUUGGGAUGUGAUUGUCAGUUACUCGGAGGACAAGCUGAAUGCCUUGUUGAAGAAAUAUUGGACUCAGAGAUUCGACGCGGCUGAGGUCUCUUUCCAGCACAAAAUCGGGACUGAUAAUGCGUAUUUUUUAUAUACGUAUAACCUGACCCUCGAAGCCCCAACUUUAUCGUUCAAAUCGAUUACUACUACUCAUGGGGACAUUGCUGUCUCCGCCCUAUCGUGGAAAAUGUCGGGCACCGUGCAUACCGUUGCGUAUAUGAACGGCCAAGAGGGCUUCUCCACCGAUGAGGACGUGGGCAAGGAUCAAGAUAUAUACUUAGAUGUGGUAACACCGGUGUCUGCAAUGGAUGGGGAGUCAACCGAUACCAGCACCGCAAAGUCUAGCGAUACAACCUUCCAGUUCAGCGACAAUACCGAGUCCAGCUACAAGGUCAUCCUCCAUUUCCAGAACGCACAGGAUACAGACUGGUCCGUUCAAACGGCCAGUUCGAGUGAUCCUCUCAACGAAAGCCUCACUGAACUGGUGCAUGCGUUGAUGAACAAGGAAGAGUUCAAGGGAUUCACCUUCACCCUCGGAACAGUCAAGAAUACGAAAGAUCAGACUUCGGAUUUUCUACAGCCGCAGCAAUUCCGAUUCAACGCGACCGAAGGUGUUCUGAGCAUCUUCAUUCAGGUGAAAGGUGGCAGUGGCAAGGGAACGGCAGAAGCACCGCAGUUCCAACUGACUCACGACAGCGGAAUUGCAGCCAUUCCCGAGGGCUACGAAGCGAGUAUCAUCCUUUCUCAAACGCUCAUCCGCGAUGACUAUCUCGUCAAACGCAUUGCAGAGAGCUGCAAGGAUACAUUGCAAAGUAGCGGCGGUGUGACUGGCAGUCAGGCGUCUGCCAACCCAACUGUCCAUCUGAAGUUCAAAUCCGACAAAGUCUGGGAAGGCGAAUCGAUGAAUCAUGGCGGAUGGCCUAUGGUAGGCGAGGGAGAUCUCACCGUAGACUGGGAUAAAUAUCCUUUGAUUCUAACGCUUUUCGAUGACGGAACGCCGUUGACAUCUCAUUACAAGUGGGUUUGGGACAAUGCAUCGGUGACGUUGUCCUACACCACCAUGGAUCCAAUCCACGGAGCUACAGGUGGACCGUAUACUUCUCAAAUCACGGGGAGUAUUAAAGCCAACUCGACCCCAGUCGCGACUAUUUCAGGAGAUACGUUGAAGUUCAACAUCCAAUUCACCUCCGCUAAUCAGCCCGAUGCAUCCUUCUCCGACGUGGGCCCUGCAGACCUGACCGGAUCGGUGACAUUUCCUGAGCUAGACCUCAAACUGCCCGAUCUUGACUUCUUCCAAACGCAGAAUGUGCUGGCUCCGGGCGAGGACUUUAUCAAAGCACAGGACACUAUGUGUCCAUGUGACUUGUUUGUUCUGGGAUCGAUGUAUAGCUGA